GGUCAGUAUCGGAACGUUGAAACUCCGGCGUUAUUUGAUAACAACGGUUGACUUUAAACACAACUUAAAGCGACAUAUUUUUAACAAAACAUGACAGUAAGAAGCGCAGCUAACCGCUUAAAUUCGCUGCCGUUAUACCGUUAUAUCGCUUAAUUAAGGAGAAAGUGCCAACUACUGGAAUCCAACACAGUCGCUUAAAACAUACCACAGUUUGGGUUUAACGCCACCACAGACACCACAGUUUUUUUUAAGUGUGGGUGGCUCUGGCAGAGGCGUGAGCAGGUGGAAGCCGCUCCGUGUCGCUGCUGCUGCCCUUCAUAUGAAACACAAUCCCGGUGGGGAGGAAGAAACUCUGCCCAGCAAGCAAGCAAGCAAGCAAGCAAGCAAGCAGGGAAAUUAACUUAAUUCAUCAGCGCCGGUUGUUGUAAGACAAGCGAGGAAGAAGCUAGUCCACAGUGGGAAUUUACACUGCUGCACAUCUGAAGAGGAAAAACAAACAAGCAGAGAGAAAAAAACUUCGUGAAAUGACCAGAGCUCUGUGAGACUGAGCUUUAACAACCCGGUGAAUCGAGUUUUCCGAAGAAGUGCUCUCAUAUUUCAGCUGUCGCUCUCAGCACCAUAGAGGACCCGGCUCACGGGAAAUGAACUCUUAGGACCGCUUAUCAUCUGCGGACUUUGACUGCGAUUUAACACACAUUUUUUUCCACUAUAAAAAAGGAGUUGUUCCUCAAGUCCGCGGCAAUGGGGGAGCAGCCGAUCUACACCACCAGGGCUCAUGUCUUCCAAAUCGACCCAACCACCAAGAAGAACUGGGUUCCUGCCAGCAAGCAGGCUGUCACUGUCUCCUAUUUUUAUGACAGCACACGCAACAGCUACCGCAUCAUCAGCGUGGAUGGAUCCAAGGUCAUCAUCAACAGCACCAUCACACCCAACAUGACGUUCACCAAGACGUCGCAGAAGUUUGGCCAGUGGGCAGACAGCAGGGCCAACACUGUGUUUGGUCUAGGCUUCUCCUCAGAGCAGCAGCUCACCAAGUUUGCUGAAAAGUUCCAGGAGGUAAAAGAAGCAGCCAAGCUAGCAAGGGACAAAUCUCAAGAGAAGGUGGAGACGAUGAGUAAUCACUCCCAGGAGUCUGGACGUGAGACACCGUCAACCAACCAGGCGUCCAGCAUUAAUGGGACAGAUGAUGAGAAAAUCUCUCAUGUCGGUCCGGAGGCUGCCCUGCUGAAGAACGAGAACGAACUCCUCAAGAGUGCAGUAGAGCAGAGCAACACCAACGCCAAGAAGUGGGAAACAGAGCUGCAGACUUUAAGAGAAAAUAAUGCCAGGCUGGUGGACGCACUGCAGGAGUCCUCAGCUAAUGUAGAAAGCUGGAAGAAACAACUUAGUGCCUGCAAGGAGGAGAGUGACACGCUCAGGGAAAAGAUUGCAGAACUAGAAGCCCAGUGUAAUGAAGCCAAUCAGGAGAAGCAGAGAAACGCCCAACUGAGUGCACGAGUGCAGGAGCUGGAGACCGAGCUACACGAGAAAGAGCAGGAACUGGAGAACCUGAGGAAGCAGGCAGAGAUAAUCCCUCAGCUCAUGGCAGAGUGCGAGACCAUCACCGCCAAACUGCAGGCCGCAGAGACGACGAACAAGGAACUGGAGGGGAGGAUAGAGGGUCUUCAGAUGGACAUGGAGGAAAGCCAACAAAAGCAGGGCAACAUGAAGGGCGAGCUGAAGAAGUUCAUGGAUAUUCUGGAUGGAAAGAUAGAUGAGCUGCAUGAGUUCAGGCAGGGGCUCUCCAAGCUAGGUGUUGAUAACUGAGAAAAAAGUGGCACUGAGCUGAGAGGGUCAGAGGUCAGGUACGAAGGAUUCACUACAGUAUGUCUUCAGGGCAGAAACUAUGUGGCACCUACUCCCCCAAAGUGAUGUCCACUCAUAAACAAUCAGCUUUGGCUACUAAUAAACACUACCAUGUGAGAAAGAAAUGUUUUGGAGAGGGAGAGCGACACUGGCAGACUUACUAAAAGGAAGGGCCAGCAUGCUUUUCCGUUUCUGUGGGGGGAAACGGCUUUAAAAAGCUGGUGGUGGGUUCUUAGAUUCUGUCCAUCUGUCUUCUUUCUGAAGGCUGCAGCAGAGUAGAGGAGGGGACUUAAAAGGGCUAAAACGAACAACACACAAAGACAAUGCUGUUCAGCAUCACUCAAGUAAUAAUUGGUGUUAAUCCUUGUGGCCCCCUCAGAGAAUUAGAGAUGAAAUCUUUCUAUGACUGUCCUCGCUGUUGCCUCUUGUCUAUCUCAGGUGUGUUAGGAGACAGUUUGUACUCAUUCAAUUAUAUGCACAUAUAUGACACACGGCCGUGACACAAAGUGCCUCCAGGUGAGUCUAAAAUUCUACCUGGCAAGGAGAACCGGCCAAGUGAUGACCGUCACCAUAAUAAUAACUUGAAGCUUUUUUUUUUUUUGUGAGAAAACCUGAAGAAAAAUGAUCAUGUUGGGGGGAAAAACAAAAAAAACAUCCUUUUUAAUGAAUUAAGAUGGAAAAGAAAACACAGGCAGGCGAGCCCGUCUUGAGAAUGUUGUUAAUGGAUGUUAAUGUGGUGAGAAACACAAAGGACAAAAACAGGUGUUUGCACAAAAACGACUGAGGAAGGACUGGAGCGGGAAUCAUCAGCUGUCUUGUGGAUGUUUUCAGUAAACAGUCCGUUUGAUAAUAUUUGCAUAAAGAAGGAAAACUUUUCUCAUCUCAGGAGCUUUCCUGCAGAAACGUAGUCAUCCAAAAAUAAGAAUAAUAAUAAUAAUAACAAUAGGAACCCCAUUUUGCCAUGAGUGUAGUGUAGUGUUUAAAGGACUUUGUGUGUGCAAUAGUAUUUUGUCCAUUUGUAGAACAAAGAUGUUACGUCUCUCCAAGGCUGUUGAUGUGCUUCCUACACACUUGUUUUUGUUAUGGUGGUGGUUAUUUUUGGGUGAGGGGGGGGGGGGACUUGGUGCUGUCCGACGGGUGACUAAAUGUGAAAGUGUACUUCACUGAAAAUGUUUAGAUGGCAUGGACCUUUUCACCACAAUCCUGUCAUAUUCUUGGUUUUUGGUUUUACAUAUUUAUUUAUUUUUGGUGCCUCUCUGCAACUAGCGUUUCUAGAACAUACCAAGUAAAUCAACAUAAAGCCUCCACAGAUGUACAAUAAUAUAUUAAAUAUACCAAAUUGUCUGGCUUCAGAAGUUUUAUCGUGGAGGACAUUUUUACAGGAUGGUGUUCAAAGCUGCUUUUUACAGCAGUCUGCUGUUUUUGAAACAUUUGAAAUCAAAGGAACAUGUUGUAGUGGCAUAUUUACUAGGUAAUACUAUGAUGUUAUGAGUCAACAUUUUUCACCACUGUUUUGAUCUUGUCAUAAGAUUGAGCUAAAUAUGAAGGGAUUUUUGCUUAUUAUCUCUCUGUUGAGCCCUACUGUUCAUAAGUCACCUGAACCUGCAUAACACAAAGUAUGAUCCUUCCUUUUGAACCAAUGCCUCUUGUAAACUUUUGUGACUCCUGUUCAAUAUUGUACAAUAGAACUGACAAUUGCUAAAAUUUAGUUUAAUUACAA